AUGCCGCACCCAUCCACAUCACAGUCUACGAGCUCCAGGGCCUCUUCAGAUACCAACAGCGCGAGAUUGUCGACGAGCUCUCAUCGCUCAAAUGACGCAAAUCCAUCUUCGUCUUCGAAUAGACUCACUGCAACCUCUAAACAGCAAGGGGAAGACGAAGAAGCUGCAGCACGCAGAGCUCGUCGUCGCAAGCGGAGGGAGGACGAGGCUUACCAGGUGAGAGGCUGGGAGAACCUCUACAGAGGAGAUGGGAGCAAGCCCGUGUUCGCUCACGAUCCCAAGCCAAGCUCGAGAAUCCGAGCCGCAGCGUCUUCAAGCCAAAGUAAAUCGACUACCACAGAACGGACAAUUACCUCCUCCUCACAACCUCUCGCCUCGACCAGCCGCGCAUCGCCGUCGUCAUCUCGUCAAGAUCAAACGCCCAUAAAGCCGUCAAGCACAACUCCUAAUCGACCGCCCCCGCCUUCCCCUGCACCUUCAAGAUCUUUCAAUGCCGCAGCGCACGCCACUACGUCGAAGCUCUUGAAACGCAAAGGAACUUCGCCAUCCUCACAGCCCAACCCUAAAAGGAGCGCAAAAGUCACUACCUCCUCGCAUCGGCAGCCGGCAGCAGGAGCAUCGGAUGAGGACAGCUCGGACGAUGGUUUCGAGAUCCUUGGCGUGAGUGGUCCAGCUGCACCUCGCUCACACGGAGAUCAAGCCCCAGUACUGAAUGCCAAAGCAUCGCCUUCUUCUCAUCGCGGACUCAAGUCAUCCCAGCCAACACAGUUUGAGGCACAUCGACGCUCCGCCAUCAGAGCUUCUUCCGCGGGUCGAUCGUCGCCAGUACCCGCCCGGCUUUUUGCAGACACCGACGGAUCUCUCUCCGAAUCUGGCCCGUCGAGUCGCACUUCGCCGCAACGCCGUGCCUCCCGUGCACCCAGUUCCGCGGCCUCAACGGGUCCAACCAAACUAACACCGGAGGAUAUCGAGGCGCUUAAACAGACCGCCUACGAUGCGUUCAUCCAAGGAACGUCAUUGGCGUGUCACAUUGAUGGCAUCGUGCGCGACUAUGCCGAUAUGAUCAGCCCCUAUCAUCCGGAUCGUCCCAAAGUCGAACAAUUCCAGCAGCAGCUCGCCGAUUUGGGGCAAGAGCUCACCGUUGGAUACCUUCGCGAGGUCAUGCCGACUCUGCCGGCCCGCCUCUUAAAGCGCUUCGGGCCAGCAUUGGCCGCCUACAUUCAAUAUCUGAAGCGCGAUUGGAGCGAUGCUCAAGCCCAGAGCAACGAUGGCACCUCCGUGCUCGAUCCAACAGUGACCGAAAGAAUCGCGGCAAAUGCCGGGACAGACACGGUUGCCUCGGCAAAUGCAUCUAAUCAGACGGAAGCGGCGCAAAACCCAAUCGUGGUCGCGGUCCCGUCAUCGCCUUCUCGACCUGCUGUUGAAGAAACUGUGCUGGACGAAGCGCCGGACGGUACGAGCAGCCAUCCUGCAAUCCGAGCAUCUGAUCAUGUCUUCGACCAAGCCGCAAGAGAAUCUAGCCCGAAUUCUGCUGGUGCCGACGCAGAGCCCAUGGACAUCGACCCGCACAAUGAAUCUGAAACAGCUCCGGGCCAAGUGUUUGAAGUUGGUCCUGUCAUCGCAGAUGCUAGUCACGAUUCUGCCUUCGAGUCGGCAAGCUCACUGCAAGUAUUCGGAACACCACCUGAACAGCCAGAAGAGGAGGUGGAAGAGGGGAAUGAAUGCUUCGGAGCUGCUGGGCUCGGUCAGCUAGAAGCUGAACCUCAAGAGCAUCAGAUUCUUGAUCAGCUCAGACAUUCUGUAGAUGGAGAGGAGCAGCGCCAGCGAUCUAAGCAACAGCAAGACGGACAAGAGGAGUUUUCGCAAUUCGAGGACGACGAGGAUCGACGCGAGCAAGAGUCGAAAGAGCGACAGCAGCAUCAGCCGUCUCAAGAAUCAAACUUGGAUGAGGAGGGGGAAGACGAGCUGGCAGAUGAGCUCGACGAAGUUGUUGACGAGCAGAAUGAGUCCAAUACAAACCCUCAGGCACGAGAAGCCGAACAAGUGGCGCCCGAGGGGGAGACUUCAGUUGUCACUGAUGAUGGUGUACUAGGAACUCCUCCGACUGGAGCUUUCGAGCAAGAAGCGAAUGCUGAGGAGGGAGGAGUAGAAGCUCAAAAACCCUAUGAAGAUGAUCCCAGGUAUGUCGACCAUCCGAACGGCGAUGCACCUCAUGGUUGUCAAACGCAAGGCGGGACCGGGCAACAGCCAACCACUGCAGAUGCGAACGACGAGAUGGUCGGGACCGACGGCACCCUGAACCAGGCUGGAGACUCGAGCGAAGCACCUGCCCCUACCGGACACACGAACGAUUGCAUCACAGACGAAUUGGGCCUUCCUGCGCAUCCCAUGGCAGAUACAGUGGCUACUGCAGACGAAGCUGUGGAGCAAGCGCUUGCUGUAGAAAGCAAGGCGCACCCUGCCGUAGCUAGCGACGAGGCCGUCCCACCUCUUGGUAUCGUGGCUGCAGCCGACUCCCCGACGCAAGUGGAUAACGAUGAUGCAGAUUCGUCACAUCAGGAUCCUGCAUCCGAUGGCAGCUCUCUUGCUGCUGCCGCAUCUGAGGCUAGAACAGUGGCGACACCUCUUUUGCCUUCGCGAUCAAACACCGCAGAAGCAGCUGCUGAAGCUCAAGCGGCCACGUCAGAGCCUUCGCAAGCAUUCGAAGCUAAUGCGCCUCAUGCGGAAAUGCGUGCUUUACCUCUUUCAGCUGCCACCGCAGCGGUGCCUUCUCUUAAACCAGCCUCUACAGCAGCAGAAGAUGAUUCGACCCGAGUUGAUCAGACUUCUGAAGCCUCUGUCGAGCCCAUUAUUGCGCAGGAAGAUGAUUCAGCACACAAUCCUGGAAGUGGCAACGAACCAGAUGCACUUGUAAUCCACGCAGCAGCAGUAGCUGAACCAAGACACAAUAUGGAGAGAGCAAGCACUCAGGCCACUUCGGACAGCACGAAAGGUGCUCGGCCCAAGAAGACCAUUGAUGACAGGAUGAAGUCGAUGCUCAAGGAUCUCUCCGACGUCACGGGUCGCAGGUCGUCGUACCGGACCAUUCAGAAGUACAAGCCGCUACGCGCAGGUUCUGGUACACGCAAAAUUAUCCAAGAUUUGGUCGAGCAUUGGCAGGAUCCAGCCAAGCUGAUCCCGUGGACCUGCCUGAAAGAGCUGGGACCUUCGAUCUUCCAUAAGAAUGCACACAAGCACAUGCAUCUCUCCGUGCACGAGCUGACGGACAAAGUCUCAAAUACGCGCUCUGUCCAGCAUCUGGCGAGAAAAGUGCCGGAACGAGUCCUGACGCGAGCGCUCAUGGAGUUUCCGCGCAUCCCGCACAUGCUGCACUGCUGGAACAAGGAAAAGACGAAGUACUUUGCUUCGCGAGGACUGCCGCAGCCGACCGAUACGAAGCCGGAAUUUAGGUUCGCAGAUGUCCAAGCGGCUGAAAACAGCAGCGGCCCGAAGCUUCUGGGAGUGCCGGACGCAAAUUCUCGAGCAUCCGCUACACGGAAUUGGCCGCUGCUCGCUCAGGCUACAGCACAGUCGCGUGCAGUAGUCCCAUCCACGAUAGUACAGCCACAGCAGGCGAAUACUCAGGCGACGAUGGCAUCGUACAUCAGUGGGCCAUCGGAGCAGGUCGUUGCCGCUCACCCAGUGGUAGCAGCGCCGCCUCAGGCGCUGACGCAAGUUGGCUCGCAGUUUCAAGGUGCACACUUGGCACGCACGGCCGCAACGGCACCCGGCUAUGCUGCCCAGCAUUCUCCAGCGAUGCCAACCAGUGCUGUGCGUCCUUUUCCACCGCCGCAGCAACCGGCGUUUCAACCGAACAUGCAACAGCAACGUGCGCCUGGUAUGGUGCAAGGACAGCAACAGCAGCAGGCGAUCUCGGACAACGUGCGACAAGCGGCAAUGGUGAAGGAUGCGACGGAUCGCGUGUUCUCCGGGCUUGCAGCCGACUGUCUCUCGUUCGCCGAGCAUGUGAUCGGCUCGCCGGCGUCGGACGAGUUGGUGCGGCACCUCAGGCAUUUCAGCGAGGCCGACGUGCUGCAUGUGAUCAACUUCGUCGCAGACACGUACAAGCGCGAGGUCGAGGCGGAACGCAGUUCGGGACAGCUUCCGAGGUGCGUGAAAGCGGCAGAGCGGUACAGCAAGGUGCUGCGCGUGCGGGCGGUGGCAACGGAGGUGCUGAUGCUGACGCAGAUGCUGUUCCGCGUCAAAAGGUGUCUGAACGAGGCUGCCAUCGAGUCGUUGCGCACGACGGGCGUCGCGUCGAGCGAGCGGUGGUUGGAACUUUUGGAUACCGCGCCCAAGUGGGCCGGGGUCAAGCAGCACCUCCUGAAAGACGAGCGGGCCCUCGGCGUGCUGUCGAGGGCCGAGAGCCGGAUGCUGUUGCAAAGACAGGUGGAUCGGCUGAACAAGCGGUUGGAGGCCAGGUUGGAGAGUCUGAUGAGCAUGGACGAGAUUAUGGGGGGCCGGUUAAGCGGUGAGGCGGAUCAGGAGGAGCAGGCGGCGCAGGAGGCGGUGCGCAAGGAGUGCGCGCAGAUUGGGCGCAUCUGCUGCAAGCAUGUGGUAGGCACGUUGGGCGAGUCCGAGCCAUAA